AUGGCACCAACCACCGUAUUCCAAGAAGAGCGUCGCUUUCUAUGCCCCCACGGUGGGUGCAACAAGGCAUUCUCGAGACGCGAUUACCUCCAGCGACACUCUGCCAACCAUUCGGAUGUCAAACCUUUCCAGUGUCACUGUUGUAGUACUCGCUAUGCCCGCAAGGAUAUACUAGAGAAACAUCAACGAACGCGUGCCCAUAUUCGCCGAACAGAGCUUCAAACCAGCCAAACUCCUCCAAAAAGUUCAGAAACCCUGCCGAUUCCCAUCGAAACCACAAUCGUCAAUCAGAUAGCAGAGGAGCCUGUUCCUGUUUUUGCAGAGACACUGCCGUUGCCUCAACAGCCGCACCCCCAACCUCUGUUUGACCGGCCCGAGUCUGGUUUUGCCAGUGAAUUUUUUGACAACUACGAAUGGCUGUUUGGAUCUGAUCCGAGUGGCACGAGUAUCCAAGCCCAAUACGACUCGCCGACCGACUCCACGCCUUCGUCAUUAAGGUCUGACCGGUCUGACCUUACCCAUACGGCCCUGGGGCUGGAUCCCGUAACACUGGCCGGAUUGCGGAGGUUCAUAAACAUUGAGUGUUUUGAUGAUGUUUCUGAUGAGAGUGCAAACGAAUAUUUUGGUCUGUUUUGGUCGAGAUUCGGCUCAGUGUAUCCUAUUGUUCAUCAUGGCACUUUUGAGCCGCACUCUGCUGACCCGUUCCUGCUCGCCAACAUGCUCACUAUCGGCAUGAUGUAUGCCGGAACUGCUGCCGAGAAGGACUGUGGGAUUGCUGUUCAAAAGAAGCUUCGAAGAUUGCAGUUGGCGGAGAUUGACGAUACUGUCGAGAUCCGGUUCUCGCUUCUACAGUCGUUUUUGCUGACUGCUUUUUUUGCGCUAUACUUAGGGGAUUGCGACCAAUCAAAAGUAGGUCAGCUGUUCCACGGAACAAAUGUCAGUCUAGUCAGAUUUUCGGGAUCAUUCCAACAGCUGGUGGAGCCAAAGUUACAACCUCCUCUCACGGUGUCGCCGGAAGAGGCCCGACUCCAAUGGUAUCGGUAUAUCGACUACGAAUCGCGCAAGAGAACGGCAUUUUUUGCGUACUUCUAUGACGCCCAGAAUGCUGCCGUUACUCGCACACAACCAUCACUUUCUGCUUUUGAGAUUCACCUGGAACUGCCCUGUACUGAUGCUGUGUGGAAUGCCGAGUCUCCGGUAAGGUUCUAUCAGGAAUACGAGCGUCAACCUCACGACCUUAGGAGUCGGGUGAAGUUUACCACAAUGCACCGGAGACCCUCAAGAGAACAUCUGGAGAGAACGAUAACCCUCGGUGGAAGCUCUGACUCCAUUCCAGCUGAAGGGAAAUGGCCCAACUUCCUCUUUUCGCUGCGAAGACUGAUGCAACCGUAUCGUCACCACCAAAAAGAAUACCCUAUGAAUUGUUUCUCUCAAUUUUCACGCUUCAUUUUCCUACACGGGAUUAUAGGAAUUUGUCUUGAUCUGCGCUGGCGCGGGCUUUUUGACCUCGGAAUCGUUUCACAGAGGCGGAUGGUGGAGUUCUCUGAGCGACUGGAAACCGCAUUCUUCAACUGGCGGGACUACUUCGAUCGUCAAAUAAUGAUCACUAAUAACCAAGGUCAUUUGCGUGACUAUGAAACAGACAAGUUUCUUCUUAAUGACUAUGGGGUCUCACAUAUUUUCUGGGCGAACCUGACUGCUCUCCAGUUAGGGCUCUUGCUUCUGCAUGCAGACAACGAUCUCAUCACCAAACAUGCAGAAUUGUUUGCUUUGCGCGGUGCCACCAAUUCUUCCCAGUUGGCCCAGAGAGUUGCUGGAUGGGCCAGGUCACGCGACGGAGUCGCCGCUUCUGCUGACGCCUGCCAGGUUUUGAGGACCGUUCUCAACAACGAACCUAUUAUUGAGACAAUAGCUCAUGUGCCCUUUGUACUGGUAUUUGCUACUCUCUGCGCUUGGACUUUUGAGUUCUACAGAGACGAUUUUGGCCCUCUUGCGAACAAUGGCUCUGUAUCCAUGCGUCCAUACCACUCCGAUAAGGGUCUGCUUGAAUAUGCGUGUCGCGAGAGUGCGUUAAAAUAUGUUUCUGAAGUCGAGGCGGUCGAUGAGACGGACUCACAGCCAUUUUGGCGCCGACGCCAACGAGCACUUGGCCUUGUGGCUUAUUCUUUAACAAUGCUGCGGCGGUUCACACAUCGGAACAUGGAGUUGGAAAUAGGGUUACUGGAGGGGAUACUCACUCGGUAUGGGUGA